GAGUACGUUAGCACUUCACCUGCAACAGUCGUACUGAAUGCACGUUUUUUAAAUGAAAGUGAAUUAGUGAGUGUUUAAAGAUGGGACGAGGAGGAGUUGGUUCCACAAGAUCUGAAUUUUUGGCUGAAGAAUCUAUCGACGAUAUUCGAUAUCACAGGAAUGGGGGCUGUUUCGUCACCACCAAAAGGGCUAUAUCGUUUGUGCUUAUAGCAGUACUGUCACUACUUCUAGUUGUGAUACUGAUGUACUACUAUGGACCAAAUCGGAAAUUAGAGGAGCUUCGAGAUGAUAUGAAAGACAUCGAAGAACUCAUUAACAAAACAAUUAAUGAAGAAACCGAAGAAAAUAUUCGACUUCCGACAACCCUCAAACCUGUACACUACCGUAUACGAAUCUUUCCAAUUUUAGACGAAUUCUCACCUGACAAUUUCACAUACACAGCAGAUGUGAAAAUCGUUGUUCGAUGUUUAAGCAAAACGAACAAAAUCAUACUAAAUGUUGAUGACUUAGAUAUAACAGAGCACAACGUGACAGUAUCCACUCUUAAAACGACAAUUUUAAGAUACGAAAAUUUAGCUAAAGAGGAAGAAAGUGAUAACGAUCAACCCGAAAUCUACCAAAAAAACAGCACGCUUCAUAAUAAUACCAUUAUUGUGGUUGAUAAUAACGAAGAUAAUUCCACCGAUGAAAUUCUGAUAGGAGCAGAGAGUACCCAGCUUGUUAUUCAAGAAGUUUAUAAAGAAGAGGAAAACUUUAAGUUAAUUAUAGUGAUGAGAAAUCUUUUGGAGGUAGAUCACAACUACACCAUUAAUAUUAAACUGACAAGUAACAUCACAAACAACUUGGCGGGAUUUUAUAGAACCAGUUAUAAAGAUCUGAAUGGGCAGUCUAGAUGGAUUGCUACCACUAAUUUUCAACCAAUCGGCGCUCGGCGCGUGUUUCCUUGUUUCGAUGAGCCAAAUUUUAAAUCCCAGUUUGAAAUCACCAUAGCCAGAAGAACAAACAUGACAGUACUUUCUAAUAUGCCCCUUCGUGAGACUGAACCGAUUACUAACGCACCUGGAUGGGUUUGGGAUCAUUUCGAAACGUCUCUUCCAAUGUCUACUUACUUGGUAGCUUUCACUAUUUGUGAUUUCCAUAACCUGAGAAGUACUUCAACAGCGGCUGGACCUGUUAUCAAUAUCUGGGCCCCACAACGAGAUCUACCAAGAGCGCGUUACGCAUUAGAAGCAGCCCAGAGUAUACUUGUCUUUUUAGAAGAUUAUCUAGGAAUUAAGUAUCCUCUUUCAAAAAUUGAUCUGUUGGCAGUACCAAACUUUCCAAGAGGAGCAAUGGGAUCCUGGGGAAUUUUAUCUUUCAGAAAAUCUGCCAUUCUUCUAGAAGAGUAUUCGAGGAAUUGGGAAAUCAAACAACAUAUUUUCAUUAAGCUGGCACAUGAACUCGCUCAUCAGUGGUUUGGAAAUCUUGUUACUAUGAAGUGGUGGAACGACCUAUGGUUAAACGAAGGAAUUGGAAGUUUCAUGGCAGAAGUUGUACAAAGCAGUUUGAAACCAAGGUGGCAGACUAGCAAUGAUUUCCCUUUGCGAGUGAUGUAUAAGAGUUUUAAUUUGGAUAGUUUGAAGUCGACACAUCCAAUUCAAACUGAUUUUACUAAAACUGUGCAAAUUGAACAGAUUUAUGACACUAUUAUUCAAAGUAAGGCAACAAGUUUGAUUCGGAUGUUGAACUAUACUUUAACUAGACCUGUGUUCAGACAGGGUUUGCAAUAUUACUUGAAGAGUUUUUAUAGAUCAUUCAAGUCAACUGAUCAGAAUACCUUAUGGAAGUCAUUGACGGACAUUGCCAAAAAUCAUUCGGUUCUCCCAGCGGAUGUUACUGUGAAAACUUUUAUGGAAUCGUGGACUAAACAAAAAGGGUAUCCUUAUUUAACUGUAGAUCGAAAUUAUGAAAAUGGGGAAGCCAUAAUCACUCAGCAGAUUUUUAUCCAAGAUAACAUUAACAACAAUACCCUUUGGUAUAUACCGCUAAGUUAUACAACUACAAAUGAUGUCAUCAAAUAUGCAUGGUUAAAAAAUCAAAGAAAUAUUACUUUAGCAAAUAUAACUGAAAAUGGAAAUUCAUCCUGGGUUUUGUUUAACGUUGACCAAGCAGGAUACUUUCGUGUAAAUUACGACAUCUAUAACUGGAAGCUCUUAAUCCAACAACUGUUCCACAACCCUGGAGAAAUCCCUGUGGCUAGUCGUGGUCAACUGAUUGAUGAUGCUUUCGAAUUAGCUCAAAUGGACAUAAUAAAUUACAGCAUUCCGCUAAGCUUAACAAAAUAUUUGACCAGAAAAGAAUCAAACUAUAGUCCUUGGCUCACUGCUCUAAAUAGCUUGGCGGAGAUCAGAUUCAUCAUAAACAAUUAUGAGUACACUGGAGCUUUUGAAAAAUACAUGACAAAUCUCAUUAAAUACAAAUUUGAUUCUCUUGGUACAAAAGAAAAAAACAAUGAAAGCCAAAAUGAUAAAAUUUUGAGAUGGAAGUUGAUACAAGUAGCAUGUGAGCUUAGGUUUGAGUCGUGUUUAAAGUGGGCACAAAGUGAAUUUUCGACUUGGAUGGAACAGGCUGAUCCAGACAAUAAAAAUCCGAUACCGUACGAGUAUCGCUCCACUGUGGAAUGUAUAGGGAUUAAGAUAGGAAGCUUGAAAGAAUGGGACUUUUUGUGGAAUAGGACUUUGUCACCGCAGAUUUCAACGGCUGAUUUGAAAACUGCUUAUUUGAGUUUAGGAUGUACCCAUGAUCCUUGGCUUAUAAAUAGGUACCUCGAACUUUCUUUAAGUGGCAACAUCACCUUAGAGUAUAUUCCAUACGUUUGGGAAUCUAUUAAUCAUCUUGUAGGCAUUCGAACAGGCUUUCACUUUUUGAGAUUAAACUGGGAAAGAGUGUACAAAACAUAUGAAGAUGUAUAUUUGGUGUUAAACUCAAUAUGUCAAGAUUUCCUAGCUUAUCUGUCGACGGAGAUUGAUCUACAAGAUUUGACACAGUUUUACAAACUUCAUCAAAAAGAUUUAAAAUCAGUAGCAAGUCUAAUGCAGGCAGCUGUUGAUGCUAUAAAAAUCAGAAUCAGUUGGAGAGAGAGACAUCUAAAUUCUGUUGCAGAAUGGUUAAACGUAAAUGAAAAUUAAAUUCAUUAAACUUAAGUUUUGUAAUAUAUUAUUGUUAAAAUAAUUUAAUAAAGAUUACUUAAAAAAUUG